CUGCAGUGUGACGCGUCGACGAAGUGCACAGAAGAGGCUUCGUCAGGAGGAGACGCUAACAGUCCACCGGUCCGACACACCAUUCUCUGCGCUGACCCGAAAAAUCAGACAUGUCCACAGAGCCCAACUACCGCCGCACUAAACCCGGAAUGAAAGCCAGCGUCCCGAAUUCUAACGGUGCCAGCGGUCCCGCGUCGCAGAUUCCUGGGCUGUCCCAAAGUGCUGACACGGCACCAGUGGAGAAAAGCAAGGGCAGGCGAGUCGGGAUUCAGGCCACCGACUCGGACUAUGUUAAACUCGCCAAGCAGGGAGGCCACAGGGGAUUGUUGUCCCAUGACCGCGAGCAGGGCGAUGCCCAAUGCGCUUCUGAUUUGUCCCCCGUCGACGAUCAAAGCCAGGGUAAAGCGAACGCGCAGAAGCUGGUGGCCCCGUUUGGGACUGAUGAUUGUUCAGGAUGGGACAAUGACUCUGGUGCUGGCAAAGACAAGAAGGCUCAGGUCGGCCACGCCACUGAGGAGAUGCAGAACCUCUCUCUGAGCCAGAAGGACAUCGAGGAGGCCGGCAAGUUCAAACGAAUCUCACAUGAUAAGAAGCCAGUUGAUCCGGUGAACAUGUCCAAGCUGUUGAGCUUCGGCUACAUGGAGGAUGAAAAGAAGUCUCCUGACGAUGAGGGCUCAAGUAUGUCAUCAGAGCACGUGAGCACCGUCGCCCAGGAGGAGGAGCUGGAGUAAAAGCGCAGACGCUUCCUUCGGGGCCGUACGAGAUUUCAGCCCACCGUCCUUCUUCCGUCCUUCACCCUAUUUAUGCAAAUUUCUUUUAGUCAUGGUUCUCUUUUCCACUCGUUCGUGUCACGCUUACAUAUCUAAUGGUGCUUGUGAUCCUUAAAAUUAAAUUUACCCGUACAACUAAGUGCUGUUUGUGAACCUUAAUAAGAAUCACACAAAGCUCGCGGCACAACCCGAAGCCUUCUAGGUACCGAUGCAGCUUUUAUUUUAUAUUUUAAACGCCAAUUUAUUUAUUUACCUCCUUUUUUUUCUUCUCUUCAUUCAACUGGAAAGAAACCCGUGACCUGCUCAUGUUGGCGAGCUGCAGACACAGAAAGACUAGACGGUUUUUUUGUUACUUUUUUUUUUCUUCUCCGCCACAUAUCUCCAAACGUGUGCCAAGUCCUCGUCACUGUCACGACUACACUGCGAGACGAAGCCCGUUCGUGUCCAGAGCUUUCUAACGGGUUCCAGGGAGCUUUGCGUUCGUGAAUGUGUUGCUAUGCUGUUCGACGUUGUUUUUAGAUGUUAUGCUAAAUUUUGACUAAAUGUUUUGUUUUGUUUUUUUUUAGAUUCAGGUGCAGUAGUAUGUGCAAAGUACAGAGAUUUAACUCCAUAGCAUUUUUCUGUCUCAUUAAAUAAUGUUUACAUUCAAUGUUGAUUAUUGAUAGACAAAUAAAAUAUGCAUGUGCAUGGAAA